AUGUUAGGUCUUAGAGUGGCCGCAGCAGGCCCUGCAGUUAGCCGGAGUAUGGAGCCCAUGGGCCUUCAUAGCACCUCCCAAGCCCUGUACGUGGUCCUUUUAAUAGUGCUGGUCAUGAGGAGCUUGGUGUUUGGUAAUUUUGAUCCUGUCAAUCCGGAACCCCCUCAUCCAGCUCAGUUCUCCAAAUAUCUGCGCUGCUAUCGAUGCCUCUUGGAGACCAAGGAGUUGGGAUGCCUUCUGGGAUCUGACAUCCGCCUUGCCCCUCCUGGCAGCAGCUGCAUGACUCUGCUCAUAAAGAACAGCAGUGGUUCUGACAUCAUGGUGAGUGACUGCUGCCGCAAGGAGCAGAUGAGUGAUUGUUCGUAAACCCGCUCUUCUCCAGUGUUUGGCUUCUGGAUAUUUUCUCGAUGCUGCUUCCUGGUCUGCAAUAACCCUCAGAACAGUGUUCUAUAUUCCGUUGAACUUCCGCAGAGACUUUUAGAAUAAAACCCUGCUAGUUGCCAUCCAUCUUCCUGAUUUCCAUCUGGGUGGCAGAGCCAGAACAA